CUAUCACAAACGAACAAGUCAUUAAACCAAAUCAAACUCAAAAAGAUGAGUCAACUAUAAAAGACACAAUUCCUUCUACAAACACCAAACCCACUUCAACCAAUUCAUCAAACCCUAUCAUGUCAUCUGAACUCAAGACCUCUCAAACCACCACCAAUCCAACUGAUCUUCUCAACUCGAUCCAAAAUGUCUUAACCGAAACGUUUCGAAUCUUGAUCCGUGAAGUUCCACCCUUACAAUCCCAACGAGAAGCAUUAGUGGGAAUGUAUGCUGAUGCAGCUCAACUAGCGGAAAACGAACCGGGGGAAUCGGUUUAUGAAGCUGAAUUACUUGAGAAAUCUCACCGAUUAAAAGAAUCGGAUCGUCAGUUUCAAGCUUUGUUGGUCAGAUUAGUUGAACCGCUUAGUAAGACGAUGAUACAGUUGUCGACAGGGUAUCAGGCUGAUCAUUCACUUCGAUGUCAAGUUGAUCAACUUCAUCAAACUAUCAUUAAACAAUCAUCUCGAUUAGAUUUUCAGGAAAAACAAAUUAAGGGAUAUGAGAAUGGGAUGAAAGAAACUAAGGAGAAGAUGAACACACAGAUUGCAAAGGUAGAAAGUGAUUUUCAUUUAAUUCAAACUUUACAAGAUGAAAGGAUUAAAGAAAUGAUGAAGAAAGGAGAUUUGUCGGAUCAGAAUAGAGUAGAACAUGAUGAAAAGAUAUCGAAACAGUUGAAUAAUAAUUUACAAUCAUUGAAAGAUUUCGAGUCUAAGACUUCUAGGGUUAUUCAAGAGAAUAAAGAGUUUGAAGGAAAGUUAAAUAAGGUUUCAGAUGAAGAUAAGAAAGGAAGGAAAGCUUUGGAAAAGAAAUUGAUGAUUAAGAUUGAAGGUUGUGAAAAGGAUUUUAAAGAGUUUGUAGGCAAAUCAGAUGAUAGGAAUGGUUUGUUGGAUCAAAGUUUGAAAGGGUUGGAAAGUAAACUCGAGGGUAGAUGUAAAUCAUUGGAAAGUCAAUCGGGCAAUUCUUUAAAGGAACUUGAAGAGAAGAUGAACAAUUCGAUUAAAGCUUAUGAUACUCGAUUCCAGGAGUUAGAAAGUAAGCUUAAGAAACAAGGGUUGGGACAAAAACAUCAAGAACUACAAUACCUGAAACUUCAAAAAACGAUGCAAGUUUAUGAAGAAUCUUCAAAGAGCUUGAAUGAACGAGUUGAAGGAUUGAAAGAGAUGGACGAUCGAUUGGCUAUGAAGAUUAAAGAAGAUGAAAGGAAAGAUGUCCAGAUCAAUCAAACUUACGCCAGUCAUCAAGCUUCAUUAGAACGGAUCACUCAAUUAACGAUUACUGUUCAAGAAACGUCUCAAUCAUUAAAAGAUUUACAAAGUGAGAUUUCUAAGAAAGAACAACUUAAUGAACAAACUAAAGUGAUUGAAAUCCAAGAGGUUUGUCAAGAAGUUUUGGUGCCUUGUUUAGAUCGAGUCAGUAAAUUAGAAAACAGUUUUGGAAAACUUAAAGAAGCUCAACAAGAAGAACAACGGCUUCAAGCUUCUUCAAAGGUGAGAGCUGAUGAACCUAACACGUUACGAAAAGAUUCAUCACAGCCUAUAGAAGAGGUUUCGAUGCGAGCACCUAAUGAAGAAACGCGACGUCAGGAUUCAGGAGUGAAUAGCUCUCGUGUACCUUCUACUCCUGCUCUUCAGCCUUCAGAUCCAAGUCAUCCAUCAACAAUCCCAUCCAAUGCUGGGAAUCCUACUACACCAAUCGAUCAUCCAGCCAGACCAUCAUCUCUUACCUCUCGACACCCUAGUCUGGUACCGAACGCUCACAAGUCAAGUGCUCCUAACCCGACCUUACGAGUGGACACGACUUUAAAAGCCGCUACAGUUAAUCACUUACGUACCACUCAUGUAUCAUCUCCUACGCCUGUUGAAUCAGGUGUGAACAAUACAGGAUUCAGCUUACACCAACUCGAAGGAUUGUAUAGUUAUUUAAGUCAUAGACUGAUGAAUAGUAAUUGGUUAAGUGAGAUGAUCAAGACGAAGGUAGGAGAGAAUGAAGUGAAUCAAGAAGUUUUGGAAAAGAUGAGGAAGGUGAUGAAGUUUGUGAACUCGUUGAAAGUGGAUGAGGAUUUGAUUAUUAAGAAGAGAAAGCAGAAAGAGGAUGGGACGGAAGAUUUGGAGUUGAUGAAAAAAAAUGAUUUACCGCUGGUCGGGUGUGAGCAUUUGAUGGAGAUUCAGAACUUGUGGACUAGAUCGAAGGUCUUGGAACAAAAGAUUUCAGAGGUCGAUUUGAGGUGUACUGAAAUUAUAUCAAAGGAAGUUAAACAAAACCUAUCGAAGACGGAUGUAGGAGUGGUUCAACCAGGAACAACUACAUUUGAUAAGAAUCUUGAAAAUCGAAUUCUCAAAAUAGUAGAAACGAUGGUGAAAGAAACCGUAGCCCACCAACUCACAAAAGUAGAUUUAUCAAACGAACCGAAUCUAAACUCAUCAAACAGUAUGAAACCGAUCCAAGAAAUCCUCAAACGGAAUCCAAGUUUACCAAUCCAUAUUUUAAGAAGUUUUGAAAGCCAUAUAGUAGAAAGAAUGAUCAAUUUAAGUGGAGAAGAAGCUUGGAAAACCUAUGAAGGAUUGAUUAAGGAUGAGGAAGCUAGAGAAGAAGGAUUUGAAGGUUGGGAGUUUGCAGAAGGAGAAGAAGAAGAAGGAAUUGGAGGUCGGGUUGGUUUUGAAUGAGUUUAGGGGCUUUAUGGAUCGGGUCAUUCCUUUUUAUGAAACUGUUAAUCGUUAUAUUUCAGAACAAUCAUUAAAAUCUAGUGUUAAUCCUGUUUAAGAGUUUUCUUUUUUUUAAGAAACAAACAAAGCGUAAGGUCUUGGAUCAGAUCGGAUUGGACAAAUCGAUGGAUCGGAUUCUUUUUUUCUCUACCUCUCUUUCCCUCUUAUAUAUCUGAAAAACUGAUCCAUAUAUAUCUUAUUAUGAUGAUUAACUUUUUUUUUUUGGAAUCGAGUUCUUUUUCUUUUUCUUUAUUUUGAAGUGAAGUGAUGUGAUGCUAUGUAUGUAUGUAAAUCAAUGGGUUAUUUUUUAGUGUUGUUGUGUUUUUUUGUUAAAAAGGAUGGAAGAAAAGUGGGAGGGUUUUGCUCAGAUUCAGUUUGAAAAUCAAAAAUCAAAAAUCGAAAUUAGUUUUGUAGACCUUUCAUCAUAUAUAUAUCAAAACAAGUCAUCAUUGAUCCUAUAUAUACAUAUAUGUAGUAUGGCUUGUUUUGUUCUCGGAUUUUUUUCCUUUUAGGUUUAAUAUAAGAUGUACUACAAAAAAAAGAAAAAAAUAGGUUGUAAUGUGUUGUGUGUGUGUGGCUUUUUGAUGAUUUGAAAGUGAUUUAUAUAUGUUAUGUAAAAAUUUAAGCUUGUAAAGGAAAGAUGAGGGUUUUUUGACUUGAUGAGAUCAGUUUUUUGAAAAUUUGGUGGAUUGU